CACGCCAAGGAAUUUUAAAUGCGCCUCUACUACCGACCCGUCCGCCUGUAGACACCUAAAGUGAAAGUACGUUUUCAGAAGUGAGUCAUCCACCGUGUCCGCUCGCUGUAAGACGACUACGAGGAGUACUUUAGUGGAGGAAACAAAGAAAGUCGGCAUGGAAAUGCCCAAGGAGGAGAAGGAGGAGACGAAGGAGGAGAUGAAGGAGGAGACGAAGGAGAAGGAGGAGAAGAGGCAAACUAACUCCGUCUCUAUUGAACCUCCGAAGCAGAUCAGUCAGUUCAUACCUGCCGAUGUGAAAAGGGACUUUCCACCAAGAGUGAUCACAGUACCGAGGGCGGCCUGUCGGAAGGUCAGACAUCCAAGAGAGCCAGAGCCGAGUGAAGAGGAGUUGUUCGAGUUUGAGGAGGACUUGAGAGAGUUCAUAGCGCUCAGGGCGGCCAGUAAGCUGGUGCUGCCUAACACUGUCCAGCCGGUCAGACGUCCACGAACUGCACAGGAGUUUCAACGUGUGGCGUGUUUGAGAGCGAUCAAAUUUCACAUUGAUGUCUAUGAGAUGAUUGUCAGACGGUCAGACGUCAGUCGUCCAAGUGUCAGUGAAACUGACUCCGCAAUUUCCAGCAUCUCUGUGAAGAGCGAUUCAUCCAUGUACGAGCCGCCCAGCUUUAAUCCUCUGAAGAAACAAAGUCAGCUGACUGAGGAGAUCUCCAGCUGUUCAGUGUGUGAGGAGGCUGUGAAGGAUCCAGUCCCUUUACUCUGUGGACACCAGUCCUGCAAACAGUGUGUCCUCUCAUUCAGAGACCAGAACAGUUCAACAGCUGACUACUCCUGCAAGAAGUGUGGCAGGAGACCAGAAACAGAUCAGGAUCUCCAGUCUGUUCUACUGGAGAAGAAUAUCAAGAGAGUGGAGAUGGAGACUGAGAAGUUACAGGCAGAAAAAGAAAAGUUAGAGGCAGAAAAGGAGACGUUUCAGGCAGAAAAGGAGAAGUUUGAACUUGAGAAAAGGAAACUCGCUCUAGAAAUCCAGGCAUUGGAGCUAAAUGACAGCUACACCAACUAUGAUCAUGGUGUUGUGAUUCCAAAAACUAGAAUCCCAUACGUCUAAUUACAUUUAUUAACAAACAUUGAUGUUGAGUUGAUGGGGAGUCUUGUGUCUCCUCUGAAAUAAGUCCAAAAGUCAUUUCUUUAAUCCUGAUGUGUGUGGUUGUCCAGAACAGGUCAACAGGUCCUGGUUCUGUUCUGACAGACAGCUGAUGAGCUCGGACACACACGCCUGGAUAAAAUGCUUGUCAGGUGUAGUUUGACAUUUUGACCCUCCUGGAUCAUGUAGUUGCUGUUUUUACUGACUUGUUAUCUGGAUGUUUGUUGUAUGAAGGAUAAAAAUAUUUGUUGAGGCUUCACACUACAAAUCUAAUAUUUUAUGUUACAAUGUAUUAUCAUGUCGUGUUGUUUGUAUUACCUUAAACAUGCCAUCAUCACAGUGUACAGUUUUAACAUCUGUGACUUUUGCACAAACAUACUAAAUAACUUUGACUUGCAUGUUACCUUUAAGUUGCCUUUUACUUUUCAUCUAACUUCUUAAUACAGUUACCCAGUUUACUGAUUAAUUUUAUUGACGUGUCUAAUUUUCACGUUAAAAGAUAAUUUGUUCCACUGAUUGUCUUACAUGUAAUUACUUUAACGUCAAUAAAAAAACUGUCAUAAAAA